GCGAAGAACAGACGAGAAGUGUGGCUGAUCGCAGGCUACGGUACACCGUUGCGCGCGAAUGCAACCGCCCGCCCCAUACCUCUCACCGCGUCGCACUGCACCGGGUCCGAGCACACUAGCCGCGUCGUGCGUCCGAGGACGACCCCGACGACGACAGGGUCGAGCAUCCCGGCGUUAGCGUUAGUACGCUUAUGCCCGUCCGUGGGGACCGUUGGCAGUGAGUGUGAUGGAGCGAGGGGAGAGGAAGUGCGCUUUGAACGUUGGUUAGAUAUGAGGGAGGCGGCGAUGCAGCGAGCAUACCUUGAGUUCGACGAAUGCGAGCAGGAUGGUGUCGGCGCCGAGCGGUCUUGA